AUGUUUGUUCUUGCAUCGUACCUUCCUAAUAGUAAGGCUGACCUCAAAGUCAAAAGAACAAUUCGGAUCAAAGACCCAUAUUGUCCAGUUAAGUACGUGCGCAUGAUUGUAGAUGCAGAAAAGUACUGCAUACCGUGUGAAAACUACGAAGACUAUAACGGCCGUGAUCGCGUCUGGAAGAGUUUUUGUGCUCGGUAUUAG